AUGGCGAUAUGGGAAAUGACCUGCCUUCUGAUAUCACCGAAAAAGGUGUUCAGGUCAAUGUAUCAUAACAAACGUACGGCUCACCAGCAUUCCCAACAAUUAGCGAUUGAUGGUCCGGGAAAAACUAACGAACUUCCAAAUACAGAAACAAAAGGCCAUUGGGGCCGGGACGACCCUUCCUUCGUAGCCUUACUUUCCUUCUUUCUUCUACUCACAUCAAUUGCUUGGGGACUAGCCUAUACUCCCUCCUUCCUCUCAAUAGCGAGGCUGGCCCUCGUCCUGACGUUUGUACAUUUCCUCAGCGGAGCUCUUCUCGUCGCGACAGCCGGAUGGUAUCUAGCAGGAAGAUUUUUACGAAAGGGAAGGACCGGAAGGUUCGGUACGACACCAUCGGCAGACGGCGAAUUAGAGUGGGCAUAUUGUUUCGAUGUUGCGGUGCGGGCGUUUUUCGUGGCUUUCUUCUUUCUGUAUAUUGUACAGUUCUUUUUAAUGCCAUUGUUAUCGAAGAAUUGGUGGAUAUCGCUGUUUAUUGGAAAUACCCUGUAUCUUGUAGCGUUUUCGUUCUACUGUGUGGUCACUUUUCUCGGAUACAAUGCUCUCCCAUUCCUCAGCCAUACCGAAGUCAUUCUUUUCCCGAUAGUCGCAUUCGUGAUUGUUUGGGUUGUCAGCUUAUUCGGCAUCAACAUCGCAAGGAACAUCGCCCCACUACUCAUCAAGGGAGCUUGA